AGACCGGUUUCCUCGUCAUGCUACCGGUUUUAUAGUUAGUCACAUGAUGAUUCUUUGAGAAAAAUAAACAGACGAUUUUAUAAACCUAUUUAUACAUCUUGCCAUCCCAGAAACAAUCUAGGUAUGGGUUGUUGUUUCAGUAAUGAUGAAAAUAAGCAUAGCCCCGUAAGUAACUUCAAUACUAUAAAUAACAACUAAUUUCGAGCGGCGUGUUCUUUUCGAUGGAAUAUCAGGAAAGCGAAAGCGAAGAAAGUAGAAGGCUUUUAAGCGAAGGAUCAAGUGAAAAUGGGGGAUUUGACACAACGUAUCACACAAUGCAAAUAGAUAGCUCAUCUGGUGACGAACAAUCGGCUUUGCUCAAAAUCGUACAAAGAACUGCAGACCGAGUAAUUGAUGUUUCUGCGAUAAAUAGUACUAAUAUGGAAUAUCAAGAUUUAGCUGACCGAGAAAACCAAUACAGACAAAAAUUGAAUUUAACCCUUAGCAGUAGCCUUCAAAAGAAAAAGAUAUUAACAGUUGGAAUUAGAGAUCCUCAAGCUGUUUUGUCUUCUCCACUUAUAGAUAGUAAAUUCAUAACUUUGGUUCAACAAGCGGCUUUAGCUGCUAAUAAUGCUGUUUCAGAAAUUAAAAUACAGCAUAAAGAAAACUUAGUUGUUCCUUUUACAGUGCCCUGAUGUUAUUACUAACAAUACUGAUAAUCUGACAAUUUAAUUACACUGC